AUGAAGCAAACAACGGGAAAAGUUCCUAUAGAAAUAUUGGUGGGAGCCGUCGAGUCCCUAACAACAAUCGCCAGGAAUCGAUCGUUAAGAAAUGUCAUCGUUAACAGCAACACGGUGGAUACAGCGUGCGCAUCGUUCGAAUUGACGUGUCCAAUGAUGAACGACUACAAAAUCGCCUGCUGCAAUGCUAUAGCCAUACUGUGCGUAGACAAGAUCGGAAGGUCCGCUUUCCUGAAGGCUCAUGGACCGCGCAAAUUAUACAAUUUAUUGGUCGACGUCAAAUCGAUCCCAGUAAGGAAUGCAGCCGUUCAAUUGAUACAAUUGUUAUGCGCGGAUCCGAGUCUAGCGGACGCUUUCGUUCAAGCCAGAUAUUUAAACUUGUGAGUCCAUUUUGGAACCUUAAUAUACAGAUCGGGACACAUGUUCCCAAUCGUUCCAAUAACCGAUAAAAACGAUACCCAAGCAUGGUGAACAACCGCACGACCGCAAUAGGCGUGCCCACGUGGGACACGUGCAUAGAAGCGCUCUUCGACUCGCACCUGCCAAUCAAGUUUGCUUUCACCGGACGACUUUCUCUGCACGAUGUCACCCAAAACGGAUUUUACGUUCUUCGUAGAAACGUCUGCCCGUACGGCCGUGUCUUGUUACCGUUAUAUAUGUAUAUUCCAUUAAAAGUAUUGGGUUGUUCGGAAAGUCCAUGCCGAUUUUUGAUAGGUGGCGCAGGUCUGAAUAUGUCGAAGUUCCUGAAAACAAAUAACAUAUAUAUGUACAUCCCUUAAAAGGUGGAAAGGUUGUGGAACAAAAUGGUACCUAUGUAAUUCAAUAAAUAUAUAUUACAAUUCAAAUUGUGCCUUUGAAGUUUUCUUAAAAAUUGGCACGAACUUUCUGGACGACCUAAUAUAAAGUUUUGCAGGAUAAAGUACCUAUCGACACGAAUCUACAUAUUCCAACAUACCCGAGACACUCGACAGUUAUCUCAAACAUUAAAUAUAAUUUAUAACAUCAUAAUCUUCAAAUAACUUUGAGACUUGGGUGAUAAAUUUGGGUACUGAAUUCUGUGAUAUACCAAUGGAAAAUUCUUAACACAAAUAGCUUUCAUUUUCUUUCCAUGCUGGCCAUCCGGUUUCAACCUUGAUCAGGUUUCCGAUAUUGGACGAUAUCUUUCGGUUCAAGUUCUGCCCACUGGAGCCUGUUUACGUCGUGAACUGUGUUCAGGCUUAUGAAUCAAGCACUAAUUUACCAUCUCCGAGUCGAUCAAUUUUAGAAGGUUACAAUGUUUAUUUGCUCUUGUCAAUUGCGAUCAACGCGUGUCAUAUCUUUGGUUCCCUAGAUCCCGUUCAGAUGAGCAUAGAAGACCUUACCCGUACAGGAAUAUUCAUGUCCAGCGAAUUGCAAAAUCUAGUGAUGGACUCGAAAUUCGGUCGUCUCCAAUGCGACUCUUGCCUCUAUGAUUACGUAGAGUUAUUCAAGUGCAAACUCGUCGCGGCAGAGUCUAAAUGCGUGUAUGUGUCUUUUAAGGAAGGCAUGGCUUUAUAGCGAAUAGUUCCAAAGUUCAAAAAGCUUUCUAAUGCUUUCCUACACCGACGCUCCAGAUAUCUAUUCACAUAAAAAUCUGCGCGUUUAUGACUACUCUAUAACUUCUACUACUUUCGUGCAAUCUGAUAAUCUGUCAGUUCGUAAUUGUUAAUACGUGUUUCGAUCCAGAACAUCAAAGGUAAGACAGGGAUUGGCGAACGUAAAUUACGUGGCUUCGCGCGCCAAGAUGUUAGCAAAGUUUGUCGCGGGGAAAAUGUCGGGACCUGACCCCCUGAUCGGAUGCGUGGAUCAUCAGCUGGAGAUCCACUUGAAGGAAAUCAAAGCCACCAUAGAGACGAGCAUCAUACCAUUGGGGAUGCUCAGGGUCGGUUCUUACCUAGAAAGAGCCUUGCUUUUCAAAGCGAUAGCUGACAGAAUACAUCUACCAGC